AUGGAUCAAGGCAAAGUUCAACAAUUGCAGGAGAUGGGGUUCUCCCGUGAUCAAGCCGAAAGCGCCUUGCAGAAAACCAACUAUGUAUUGGAACUGGCAAUUGCAUAUUUGUUUGGCGAACCAUUGGAACAGCCCCAACCCCAGCCUCAACCACCUCCAUCGUCACCGCUGGUAAACCAUCAGAUGGAGCAGGGCCAACUCAUACGAUACGAAGACACUGUUCAUAUAACUAAUCCGGAAGACAUUCCUAGCUUUACUGAGUUUGCCAAUCCUAGUGAUAGUAACUCCAACAUGCAAUCGCGACUGAAUCUUUAUGAGUACCACCAAAACAUUGAAAGCAGUUCUAGUGAUUCAUCCUCUUCGAUCCAUCCAUUUUCCAUAUAUGAGCAUUACAACACUUUGGCAAGGGAUGGCGAAGAGGAAUAUUCCCCACCGGUGAUAUUGCCCUAUCGAUUACGAGCACCUCAGAAUAUCCUUAUUCCUAUUUUGACUAUCGCCUCUAGUUUGUCUCAAUUCAACAAGAUUUUAUUCACAAGAAAUAACUUUGAUUACGGGUAUGUGGAAAACUGGUAUGAUAGCCAAGCUAAGUCCGAACUUGCGGUACCAGAAGAGUUUACUACCAAUAAACAUUCCUACAAGUUUGUAGUUGAAGUCCAGAAAAUAGUGGGGUAUUUAUCCCAUGGAUUAAGCAAAAGAUUGUUGAUCAGUGCAGAAAGCUUAUUGAGUACCUUGCCCACUGAAUUUUACACCCUGUUGCUCCAGUCGGAGGGGUUGGAUGAAUUGCUCAAAAAGGUUUAUGCUUGCUUGGCACAGGAAUCUGAUUUGGUUUUGGAUAAUGAUGGAGAUUCGUCGUUGAGUUCAAUUUUCAAUUCGGUGGUUAGAAAUGAAGAAGGAGAUGAGGUUGAAUUGCCCGUGUUUGAAAUCGAUUCGGAUUCACGAGGCAGUACCAUAACUGAAUCUUUGGAUAAUUUGUUUUGGAAUCUGGAUGAUGGUGUAGGGAAUGUUAGCUUUUGCCGUAUUGCUCCGUUGUUUACCUUCCAUGUGCUUAAUUACGAUGAUGGCGAUUACCUGAACCAGUCUAUGCAAUUGCAAGAGCACUUUUAUCCUGGAGUAUACGGCAGUGAAUGUGUUGCUUUAGUCACUCUGAUGUCUAGGAAACGACUUGAGGUGGCUAAAGAAAGAAGUUUGAUUUCAAACAGAAUCAUGAAUUUGAGUUCGUUUGAAGGCAAGAAAAUUAGACAUAUUUUACAAAAGAGUAUAGAUUAUUUGGGAUCGACUGGGAAGGAAGCAGAAUCGCAUGAUGAUUUAUUGCGUUUGGCGGAUAAUUUGAAGGAAGAAACUGUCGUUUUGAAUGAUAAGCUUCGUCAGUUGAAUCAUGAAUAUUUGCAAUUGGAUGUGAAUAAUCAUGAUAAUAUCUUGGAAAGAAUCAGUCACGAUCCAACCAUAAAAGCUCCGGAAAAGUAUAUUUUGAUUGGAAUUAUUUUGUCCGAUUCAGAAUAUCUUUACAAGACUAAAACUUCCAAGACACCUGAUCAAGAUUGGGUUUACUUCUCCCUUACGGCCACUCCCGAUAAUAUUGUCAAUGAUUUCCGGAUGGAGAUUAUGGAUUUUGAAAGUGUCAAUAUCUUCUUUGCCGAAGCAUCCAAAAGUUCUGGUGACCAAUUCACGCUUAUCUACGCUAGCGAAAGUUCAUUCACCAACCAGGAAGAAGUUGACUUUGGAGUAAACUUGACUGAGUUUUUCAAAUCCGAUAAUCACCAUUUACAACAAGAAAUUAAGCGAUCGCAAACACAAAGUGAGCAAGAGUUGGAAAUCUCUAACGAAGAAGAAGACGAAGCUUCUUCCAUGCAAGAAACACCAAACCCUGAAGGUGCCAACCCUGAUUUUGCCAAGGUUCUGGCCCCAUCAUCAGUGACUGCCAGAGAAAGUCUUAAGAGUGAGAGUCCCUCUGAUACUAUGUUGAUAGAUUUAUAG